CAAAUUUACUAUUAAUUAAACCGAAUUAUUGAGUUGUCAUUAUAAUUUCAAUGAAUUGAUUAUGAUUUAAUUACGAUAGGUGUCUUAAUUGUGCAUAAUUAUUGGCAUGAAGUUAGCAACGUGACAAAUGGGAAAUUGGUCGUUUCAGUCAAGUUGCGACAAACGUACCACUCCGUGGUUAUUGUUUGGUGAAACGUGAUAUUCAAGGUCGCGUCUUUGAUAAUAACGUGCAACUUGGCCGUCUAUUUUCUCAGUUGUUUCGUUGUGUGUGUGUGUCACCAAAAGGCCAUAAUGAAACGCGAAAUUGCAAAAUUAAUUUUCGGUUAUUGACGAAUCUGUGAUAAUUGUGAAAUUCUAAAUACCCCAACUGUUAGCUGUAAAUUUCCCUAAAAAUAAACAAAAAACGAAUUUCUAAGCCUUCUAGUUACGUCAAAUUUCCUAUGAUAGUUGGCUAAUAUGGCCGCCUGAAGUACGAAAGCAUUUCAUGUCUUUUGUUGUGUGAAUUGUGAGGUGGAAUGGAGCUUAGAGUGGGCAAUAAGUACAGACUAGGCCGUAAAAUAGGCUCCGGGUCAUUCGGAGACAUAUAUUUAGGUACCAAUAUAUCCACGGGGGAGGAGGUCGCAAUUAAGCUAGAAUGUAUCAAAACCCGCCACCCGCAACUCCACAUAGAGUCAAAAUUUUACAAAAUGAUGCAGGGGGGAGUGGGAAUACCCCAAAUGAAAUGGUGCGGAUCAGAAGGUGACUACAACGUUAUGGUAAUGGAACUCCUAGGACCAUCAUUAGAAGAUUUAUUCAAUUUUUGUUCACGUCGUUUCUCCUUAAAGACAGUUCUCCUGUUAGCUGACCAAUUAAUAUCUCGUACUGAUUUUAUUCACUCGCGUAAUUUCAUCCAUCGCGACAUCAAACCCGACAACUUUCUCAUGGGCUUGGGCAAAAAGGGUAACCUAGUUUAUAUAAUUGAUUUCGGGCUGGCGAAAAAGUACAGAGACGGACGGACCCACCAACACAUACCCUAUCGAGAAAACAAAAAUCUCACAGGUACCGCGCGAUACGCGAGCAUAAACACGCAUUUAGGGAUAGAACAGUCGCGAAGGGACGAUUUAGAAUCGUUAGGUUACGUUUUAAUGUAUUUCAAUAAGGGCUCAUUGCCGUGGCAGGGCUUAAAAGCGGCCACAAAAAGACAAAAGUAUGAGAGGAUCUCGGAGAAGAAGAUGUCGACGUCGAUAGAAGAAUUGUGCAAGGGCUUUCCGAUGGAGUUCCCCACCUAUUUGAACUACUGUAGACAGCUUAGGUUCGAGGAACGCCCCGAUUACAGCUACUUGAGACAACUCUUCCGUUCACUUUUCCAUCGUCAAGGUUUCACCUACGAUUACGUAUUUGAUUGGAAUAUGCUCAAAUUUGGGGGCUCCCGGGGCAGCCACUGCGAGGAGAACACCGGCCGUUCGGGCACCCGUUACGGGAGUCAUGCCGCCACCCCCGGCGAUUCCACUCCAACAGCCCCCCAGAGCCGCACCCGGCGGCCCCACGACCGCAUUGACAUAGUGCCAGCGAAUAGUGCCGCCCCUAACCCCCUUGAAGACGUCAUCAGUAGCAACUCGCCCCGUUUGUAUGAUAGUCAUGAACGUCGUGUGUCAAUGAGACUUCGUCAGGGGGCCCCAAACGCCUCCACUUCUGAUUUGAGCAAUUCGAAACAAGCCAAGAAGCGCCUCCGGAGUAGCAAUGGCGCCCCCCAACCAAACGGCGGGACAAGCAGGCCCGCCUAGGAGAGGAAGCGCCUCCAAAGAUCCACCGAGACUUAAAAAGUGAAUAGAGAUGUGUGAUUUUGUUAAGUUUCGUAACUUUGAUUUCGUAUGUGCAAUGGAAUUUAUUUCAACUCUUUUUGUGAUAAUUUUUUUUUCGUUUAUUGUCUUAAAAUGAGAGUUGAGGGAAUUGAAGUUACGGUUGUUUUGUUUUUGUUUUUUUUUUUCAAUUAGAAGAAGGGACAAAUUAAACUGAAACAAAUUGAAACGGAAUCUGUUUGGACUUUUGUACAUAUCUAGACUGAUCAACUAUUGUGUAUUUUGUUGUAUAAUAGCAUAAGUGUUUAGGUUUCUUUUAUGACAAGUAUAAGAGAAAAACAAUUAGUUGGUGCUUUUGGCAUUAACUCAAUUUUGUAACAAGAAACAUUAUCACAAGAUAUUUGUUGAUUAGUUGGAAGUGUGAUUGUUUUUUGUCAGUACGUUGUCUUAUUGUGUUCUGAUUGACUGCAUUUCAAAGUUUUGUUCCUAUGGAGAAAUUAAGUUUUAUAAUUUAUAAAAAUAUUGUAAAAAUAAUCACAAAAAAACUAGUAAUUUAAUGUAAUUUUGAUACAAUUAAAAUUAACCGCAAUUUAGGUUUUUUCUUUUUCUAAUUCAUUUUUAAUAUUGUAUGCUAGAUUUACGCGAUUAUUCUGUAAAUAAGAGAUGGUCUUAAGUGUUGUACAUUAUAAAUGAAAAAAUAACCUCAGAAUAGUGCAUUAUUUUGUAAAUUUUGCUGGUAAAAAAUCUUAUUAAGUACUUAGACUUGGAAAUUAAGCCACAGUUGUGUAUUUACUGUUUUAGCAUUAUCACAAUGUUAAUGUCUUGUUUUCAAGUGUCAAAAACAAAAAUGAUUAUUUUUUUGUUUUAUUUGCUGCACUAUGUAUGUUAAUUACGAAAUAAAAGUCACUAAAGUUGAUUUAA